AAUUCAAUGAUUUUUCGGUAAAAAAACUGAACCGGACUUAUUCAAUUUUGAUAAUUAAUGGUACUGUCAUUAAAUCUAUUGAAUCAGUUUAUGUGUAUGGUCAGUUUUACCAAUUAGUCAGCAAUAGAUUCAAGGAAUCAUUUCCCAAAUUCGGUACAGAUUUAUGUAGAUUUGUUAACACAUUGGCACCAUCAAACGAACCAGGAUUUGCAUCUCAAGUUUUCGAGAAACUCAAAAAACCGAUUUUAGACAUAGUGUAUGGACCUGGUCAGAAGUUUCCAAAACAAUGUCCCGUAGUUCCGAAAGUAAAGAUAUAAGCUUACUAACAAUUAUACUCGACACAAAUCCGUCCCAAGGCAUAUUUAAAAAAUGUCCGCAGAUGUGGACACAAUGUGUAGAAUCUACAAUUGCAUUUGGAAAUGCACAUCUUAUGCAAAAGGCUCAGAACAAAUUAGCUGUAUUAGCUUGCCAUUCAACAUCAACGGAAUUUUUAUUUCCAAAUCCGAGAAAUCAGCUAGAUAUCAGGCAAGUCGAUGGUCAAUAUGAAGUUUUUACAAUGGUUGAGAAAACUGUUAAGCAAAAGCUUGCUGAAAUACUUUUGAAUGAAAAAACAAGUAAUCAUUCUCAAGAAUCCCUAUUGGCUGGUGCUAUGUCCAUGGCCUUAUGCUAUAUUGCUCGGGUUCAAAGAUCACUAGUCCCCGGCACUCGGAUGAACUCAAGAAUAUUAAUCAUAACUGGAAGUAGUCAUUACCUAGCAUCUCAGUACAUGACCUACAUGAAUGUAUUUUUCACAGCCCAUAAAUUAAAUGUUAUAUUAGAUGUAUGUUCAUUAGACAGUACGACUACAUUAAGUUUGUUGCAGCAAGGUACUGACAUUACAGGAGGCCAAUAUUUAACUUUACCACAAACUCAUUACGAAGGACUUCUGCAGUAUCUUUUGUGGGUAUUCUUACCUGAACAGCCUGUGAGAUGUAAGUUAGUUCUACCUCCACCUGUUAAAAUUGAUUAUCGUGCGGCAUGCUUCUGUCAUAGGGAGUUGAUAGAUAUAGGUUUUGUGUGCUCCGUGUGCCUUUCAAUUUUCUGCAAAUUCAGUCCAAUAUGCACAACUUGCCAAACCGUCUUCAAGAUUCCCGCACCUAUUGGAGGAAAACCUAAGAAAAAGAAGAAAUAAUUGAAGAUAAUAUAUGAUAUGUGAGUAAAGGAAUGUAAUUUUUGUUAUAAA